AACAGGAAAUAAAAAGGAUUCAUAUACUUGUAUAACAAUUAAAACGGCAGCGAUGCUAAGGCAGAUUUUUGUGACGGUGGUCUUUUGCCUUCAGUUCCCUACAUCUUACCAACAAUCUUCAUUCAGUGGUCAAAAUCCCCAGGCAAAGGUGUUUGACUACUAUAUGGAUAGCCAUGCAGAAUGUGGGAAGACGUUUGAGUUGGGAUUGAAUUCAGCCACAGUGUAUGGUAAAGGAGCUGUUCAGACAGGUGAUAGCCCGACCAGUUGUACCAUCAUUCUCUCCACAGAUGGGAUCAGGGAACACCGUAGAUUCAGCAUAGAGCUGGUCACUGGUUUUAUUAAUUCACCUGGAGUCAACUUUUACAUAUAUGAUGGGCAGUGGUCUCAGAAUUCAGGGGCACAAACCCUGGCUGCCUUUAGUUACUAUAACAACCCUCCCACCAAUAUGCAGAAGCUGAUUACCUCAGGUGGGUUUGUCACCUUCUCUCUGACCCGGGACAGUCCGGAUCUGUUUGGAUAUGGUUUUGUUAUCCAUGUGCAACCAAUUCCUGCGGACAUCUCCAAUCCCAAUAAUUGUGAUGAUGGAGCAGGAUUUGGCUGUGAGAAUUACUACUACAACCCUAUUAUCACCAAGUCAGAGGUCAUCUAUAUUGUGGCUGCCAUCUUUGGCGUUGGUUUGGUCAUUGUGGUGCCAUCAGUCCUUGUCUACUGUUACUGUCGUCAGAAAGGACUGAAUCGAAGGUGGCAGGAGAGACGAUUAAAGGAUGGGGCCCCAAACACGGCUGCCACCUCAUUGAAUGGCAGUGUUCGUUCUGCUCCACGCAGCAUUAGGCCUUGGCAGUCUGAAGGAUCCAAACAGGCCUUUGCUUCUAUUAGGAAAUCUCCAGUGUCUUCCCGCAGAUGGUCAAGACCGCCAACUGAUGAAGAGGACAGUGUCUUUGAUGAUUUUCCUAAGAGACCCCCUCCUCCACCGCCCUAUGAGGAACAUGAUAGAUACAGAGUAGCCAGGGAUGGUAGAGAUACCAGAAGAGACAACUCUAAAAGAGAUCAUCAUUACAGAGAAAGGAAGCACAGUGAGAGCAGUAAUUAUACCUCUGGUAGGGAGCAAUACAGCGAUGAGAAAGAUCAAUAUAGCGAUGAAAAAGAUGAUUCAUUUGUACAAGCUGAUGAUGAUCAUCCACAGGAAAACUUUGUGGAGAGGAUCAUUGAACCUAGAGUCCAUCGAAAGUCAGCAGGGAGGGUGAACAGAAGGCCAGAUGUUGAUCAGGAGGAUGGAUAUGAUUCUAUUGGAAAUAUUAAAUCUGAUAAAAAAGACAAGAAAAAAAUGAACACCGAGACUCAAUGCAGCAAGGAGUCAGACAGUGAAGGCAGUCCAGAGACAGAGAAUGAGGCAGGGAGUACAGAGGAGGAGGAGGUUUCAUCACACUCUGAGGAGGAGGAACAGGAUCCUCGAACCUCACUGUACGCACAACCUGACAAAGCUCGCAAGGGAGGCAAGAAAAAAGAUGAAACCAAAGCAGAUAAACCAACAGUUCUACAACCUCAACCUAGUGCUACAAGCACAAUUCUACAACCAGGAGUGCCAUACCAAGCCAGACCCCCAGGAAUGGUCAUGCAAAGAGCACCACUACAAGGAUAUCCAGUGGGUCCCUCAAACCCACCCAUUAAUCCCUCUUUAAGGUUUAUGCCACCAGUGGGGCAAAUUGUAAGGCCUGCUUAUCCAGUUUCAAACCAGUUUAACCCUGCAGGCCCUUUUCCUCCAGCUAAUCCAAUAGCUAGACUUCCAAUGCCAGCAUCCGCAACAGUUCCCAAUGUUCCAAGAGCAAUGCCAUUAAAAAAUUUACCUGUAUCCCAAUCAAAACCAGUAGUGGAACAGUUGAAUAAUUCAGGUGAUGCUCCAAAAUAUUCUUAUCUAGUUAAUCGUGGUUAUGACACGGGUAGAACCUCUCCUGUUAGCACAACAACAAGUUACAGCCAACAGAGCUAUGUUUUAGAUGACUCUGCUGUCAAUAUUGACCUGGGAAGUGGUAUAGAGCUCAUGAAACGGACUACUACUGAUGUGUAAAUAUUCUAUACAUACUCAUGUGUUUAUAGGCUGAAUAUCUCCACCUUAAUAUGCAAGAGUGCUGCUUUAAAUUUUUAAAAAUUAUUAUAUGAUUUUUUUUUUAAAUCUUAUUAACGAUUAUUGAAAGUUUACAAUGAAACAAAAAUCUUGUAUAUUAUCUUGCUAUUGUAGAUGAUGGAGACCAGAUCAGUUUGUUGAUUUGUAUAAUUACUUGACAUUUGUCAGUAGUAUUUACUAUAAGUAAGGAUGCUGAAAUAUAAUGUAUAGCUUAAGUUACUAUUUUCACUGUUGGAAUGUAUAAUUGUUACCAUUUAUUACAUGUACUACUCACUAGCGGGUUAAUCAAAACCAGUCUUGAUAAUUUUUUGAUGAAGUAAGCAAUUUUAAUGGGCAAGCUGGUGCUAUCAAAUACUUUAUAAAUUCAAUGAUUUUAUGUAUAUUUUAAAUGGAAAACUGCAUUUUUAUUUUUUAAAAUUUUUCUUGUUAAUCAUAGAAAUAUUGAAAGUAAAUGGAUUUUAAUGCAGUGUAAUUUUCAUGGCAGAAGUACAUGUAAAUUAGUUUAAUGAAUUUAACAUAUAACAAUGAGUAUCAGUAAUCAAUAGCAGAAAUAGAAAAUAAGGUGAACCUAGAUUUGUUCAAAGAAUGACAUGCUAAAUCAGUACCGGUAAAUGAAAACUGGAUUCAUCAAUUUGCAUUUUAUAAUUCAAGUAAACUUUGUAUUAUGACAUUGUGCUUAUUCAGAAAUAAAAUAUUUUAGAUAAAAUUUGAA